GCAAUCGGGAGCGCGGGCCGGUGAGCCGGCGGCGGCGGCGACGGCGACCGGGGCUUCGCGGCUCAGCCCCGCAUCGGAAUAGGCUUCCGCGGAGCGCGCCCGUCGUCGAGCCACACCGCGGAGCCCGCUCCGGGUGGGCGAGCGCUGGUCACCGAGGCCCAGGCCGCUGUCGCGGUGCGUACUUGGAAUCAUGAAUCCUGUUUAUAGCCCGGGUUCUUCUGGGGUUCCCUAUGCAAAUGCCAAAGGAAUUGGUUAUCCAGCUGGUUUCCCCAUGGGCUAUGCAGCAGCAGCUCCUGCCUACUCCCCCAACAUGUACCCUGGCGCGAAUCCUACCUUCCAAACAGGUUACACCCCUGGCACACCUUACAAAGUGUCCUGUUCCCCCACCAGCGGGGCAGUGCCGCCAUACUCCUCCUCCCCAAACCCCUACCAGACAGCUGUGUACCCCGUGCGAAGUGCCUACCCCCAGCAGAGCCCGUAUGCACAGCAAGGCACGUACUACACGCAGCCCCUGUAUGCAGCACCCCCUCACGUCAUCCACCACACCACGGUGGUGCAGCCCAAUGGCAUGCCGGCAACGGUGUACCCUGCUCCCAUCCCUCCACCUAGAGGCAACGGGGUCACCAUGGGCAUGGUGGCGGGGACCACUAUGGCCAUGUCAGCAGGUACUCUGCUGACUGCCCACUCCCCAACUCCUGUGGCCCCCCACCCUGUCACCGUGCCCACAUAUCGGGCCCCAGGAACGCCCACCUACAGCUACGUGCCCCCUCAGUGGUGAUCACCCUGCAAAUGUUUGAGGAUGGAGCUGUGCAGUCACACCACGGAGGUUCCACAGCUGGUGCUGCAGGCCUCGGCCUCCAACCAGGACUUUUCUUCUUAAUGCUCUCGACACUUAGCUCAACACUACUACAGCUGGCCCAUGGGGCCCAGCGCCCUUAGUCUCCAACUGACUCUGUGGGUUGGUCUUAAAGCAAAUCCAGUUUGGUGGGCUGCCAGGCAAUUUUUUAGCUAACUGUAAUGAUAAAAAAGGGAGUAUUAAUCUAUUCUGAAUCAUAUCUAGUUGAAUGCAUGUUAAAAAACAAACACAGAAACAAAGCUUGCUCAACCUACCUGCAGUGACUGAUGCAGAACCAUCAUAUGCAAAAUCCAAAGGAAUGGAGAGUAUUUUACAACUUGUAUCACCAAUGCACUGUUGUAAUGUAUGCAGAGUCUUAAAGUUAUAAGUGUUAACAGUGAAUUUCUUCAUAGAACAUCUGAAAUCUCUUGGAUGAUUCUUCAGCCUUUUGGGGUUGACGAGGGUUGCCAGUUGGAAACAUGGACUUCGAGAUUCCAGCCAUCUAUUCUUUUUGUGUUGACCCAACUGGGAGAGAGCUGCAGGGAUGGGGAGGUUGUGGGGAGGCCCGCCUCUGUGUGCAGUGCAGCCAAGUUAAUGGCUUUCUUUCCAUGUAGGCUCUUGGGGUCAGUGUGCUGUGGACAUCCGUGGGGAUCAUCAGGACAGUUCGGAGUAGGGUGGCCAGUACAGUUAGGGGCACGAGGUGGUUGAGGUAUCAGCAAAGCAACUUUCUCUGCUGUCUAAAUCUUCAUUACAAAUCUCUUAGAGAUGAUGUUUCCUCUGUCAUUACUGGAAAGGUCCUAUGUGGAACUAAAUUAUUUCCCUGGGGUGGAAGAUAGGUAUAAGGGAAACUGCCACACUUGGACUUGGAGGAGGUAUUGGCCUCUCCUUUAUUUAGCUCUGAAAAGCAUUCCUUUUUUUUUCUUUUCUUUUUCUUUUUUUUUUUUUUUUUUUUUGCCCCCAGAGAAAUGUUUGAGUCACCUGAAAACUAUGUAGGCAUUGCAGCUCUCCCUCCCACAAGGAAGGCAAAGAUUUCAGCUGUGUGUUAUGAAGAAAGUUGUAUAUUUAAGAACUAUUAAAAGGGAACAAACUUUAUUUGAAAUUGAUUGUUUCUUGUAGAGAGGCAGUGCUGUGGCCGUGUUUAGGCAUCUCCACCUGAUGGGGACUUUUCCUCUGAGACCACCUGGAGGGGACUCUUCGAGGUGGGUGUGGGCAGGUGGGGAGGGCUGGUGCCUGUCUCUGUGAGCCUCUUCUCCCAUCUCUUCUUGCGGCUGAGAACACUUAGCACAGAGCAGCUGUGGAUAGCAAAGGGCCAGGCAGCAUCAGAAUGCAUUUACCUGCCAGGGUUUAUUACGGAAAGGAUUUUGUGUUUAGAAUCUGAAUAUUGUACAUAAGAAACCAAGAGGAUUUUUUUGCCUAAAUGUGCCCAACUUGUAUCGAUGGAUGUGUGUGUGUGUGUGUGUGUGUGUCUUCAGAUGCAGUCAGAGGGGGCGGGGGGUAAGGGUUUGUUCCCUUUCAGCAGUCUGUCGGGGUUGGGUGCCUCGGCUUCACCCCAUCAUUGUUACAAGUGCUGUGGGCCUUGUUUGGGGAGGGGACCUUACUCUUCUUACGGUUCUGGCAGCUGGUUAGGGCUCUGGCACUGGUGUGGCAUUCAGCCUUGGCUGGUGAAUGGGACCCCUGACCUUUGAGCCUCUGGUAACCUUAUUUUUUAUAGUAAGUACUCCUCAUAAUUUUCUUUUUCACGUUUUAUUUUAUAAGAAGUUUAGGAAUAUUUUUGCAUGGAUCAUUGUAAACAGAAGAUUUACUCCUAAUGUCUGUAACAUAGUGUGUUUACUGAUAAGUACUUUAAAUUGUUUCAAGAGCACUUAACCCAACUUGUGUGUGUUUGUGUGUGUGUGACAGCCACUUACCCUAGACACACCAUUUGUGUCCACUUCUACAACUCUUUGUUGGUAACUCUUUGUUCCACCUCUGUAGUGGACAGUUUGUAUAUGUUCUAAUGGGCUGAACUGAUCCAGUAACAGAAGUUGGUUUCCCCAGUUUUGUGUAAUAGAUUAGAAGAUGAUUUUAGUAUAUGGUUUUUAAAAGCCCCAAACACACACACACACACACACACACGACUACCUGUAAGGGUUGCAGUCAUUGGAAUUCAGGAGGAAGAUGGGAAAAGUCACAUAGGCUCUUUCUUCAGACUUGCCUGAGACUGGCACACAUAUAGGGUGAGUAUUUUCACAAGCACUGAAUUAAUGGUGUUUUCAAGAGAGAGAAGAGUGGGUUGCGUUUUCUCCCCAUUUACAUCAGCGUUAUAAACACUUUCUCCCCUAUAAUUUCUAAAAAUCUUACUUUCCUUUUGUGAAGUUGAAUGGGAGACUUCAUCAAAUGCUUUUGCAUUAUGGAAUACAUCUGUGUGGAAAUCUCUUCAAUUUUGAAACUAUCAGGGCAUCCACCUAUCAAAUAUGAAAGGUAGAUCUUGUCUAGCAGGUAAGAAUCUGGACGUAACAAAAAGUAACAGAAUUAUCAUAUGUUGUAAUUUUAGCAGCAUUUAGUUCCAGUAAAAUUAAGGAAUAGAACUUCUCUUAUAAAGUUGCAUAAUUUGAUAUUCUAAGCACAACAGUAGAACAUUCAAAGAAAUUUUGCAUUUUUUUGUAUGUGACAUUCCUAAUUUGAGUUUCAGCUGAAUUGCAUUUAUUGUAAAAGUUGAGACAGGCAAGUGAAGGAACUAAUUCCUGUAAACAUGGAUUUCAUCAUGGAUAUUUGAAAACAGUUUUGUUCCACAGCCUCUCCCCUGAGGUUUAGGAGGUAUGCUUCUCUGCUCACAGAAACCUUGUUUAGAUCUGGGCCAAUUGACUGAAUCUCUAGUGAUGCAUGGUGGUCCCAUCAGCCUGCUGCGUCUGAGAAGCGUCAUCAGGGCUAGGGCUGAUUGUGGCACCAGGCACAGAGGCGUUUCCAGAACCUUUUGUCUCUUGUGUUCAGUCUUUUCCAAACAUUCUUGUUGGUUUGGUCAUUAGGCCUGCCAGUGUGUUCUGUGACUGUUUCUCGAGUGCUAUGCAAAGGUAGUGUUUACAGGAGCCGAGGGCGGUCCUGGGCCUUGGGCUGGAUGCCUGCUCAGUACCACCCUGCCCUUCCGUGGCUGGGUGUGCAGUGCCUCGCUCCAGUGCUGGCAUCGGCACUUGAGAAGCAAGAGGAAAUAGAUAUUUUAGGCGCCUGCGACAUGCUAAUCGGUGGCACUGGUUGCAUCAGUAUUGGGGCCUACUUUAAGAAGAAAACCUAGACUUCUUCACCUGUGCUGUGUAAGCAUUUAGAAACAGUGUUGCCCUGAUCAGUCCGGCCGCCACCUCCCCCAUCUGGUAGCUGAUGGCUGGGCACCCCAGCUCCUGCCAGCCUGGGCAUUGCCCAGACAGAACAGGACACCAGUCUGACCCCCUCUGGUGGCAUGAGGGUAGGCUUAGGGGGUGUGGGGCCUGAGGUGGGAGACAGUUUCUGGUUCUCUUGGUGCUUUCUAAGGAGGGGUCUGCGAAGAGGAAAGUCGGCUCAAGUGUCCCUUCUCUAGAGCACACCUCAAAUGUUGGCAUGUUUUCUCUCCUGAGCUCUUUAUUACUCAACCUGAGCUUUCUGAAAGGAGCCCGCAGAUGACAUGCUGCAUAGGAGGGUCUGAUCUUUCCAGGUAGAAAGUUGCAGUUAUUCUUAAAAUGUUUCAGAGGAUUUGUCUCUUUCCCCACCCCAUUAAUUUGAAGAACAGAACCUUAUUGAGUCCCCAGGACUAACACCACCUGGGACAGGAAGACCAAGGCCAGCAUUUUGUCUGGGGAACCUGUCGGGAGCUUCAGGAGAUGGCUGUGCUUCCAGGAUGGGUGUGUUGGAGACGACGAGCGUCUUAUCUGGGCUGCCUCAGCCCUGUUGGAGUCUCCUGUGGGUCCUUGGGCAGACCAGCGUCCACAGAAUAGCUGGGCUGGGUCUGAGGCAGCUCUUCUGUGUCCCUGGAGCAGUUGCAAUGACAGCCACUCAAGACAGGCCCUGGGAAGCCACUGUUAUCGACUAGGAAAUGGUUCCUUAUUAUUAUUAUUAUUUUUUAAUUAAUGAUUUUUAAAUACUGUUUUUUUAGGCCAUUCUCUUGGUACUUUUUUAAAGCUUAAGUCAGCAUCGUCUUCCAGUGUUAAAGGCACCCCUCACCUCUGCAUUGAGCUUAAGGUGUCAAUCAAUAAUAAAAAGGAGUAGAACAUCCAUCCUGAGCCAAUUCCAUUAUGUGUAAAUUCAUACUAUUUUAAUUUUUUAUGCAAUCUGAUGAGUAGAUGAGCUCAGAUUUAAAAUUCUUAAAAGCACGUUUAUUGUAAUAAGAAUUGUUAUGUAUUAAUACUGCAGUUUUCAAUAAAGAUUGACUUGUGUUGCA